UCCACCCUGAAGCUCACUGUCCGACUCCUUCAGCGCCCUGUGAGUCCUCCUCUGGUGCUCACCACAGCCUUCACACUGAAGAGAUGCUAUCGCUUCUCUGCUGCUCUCUCGUGCUCAUCUUUGCUCAGCAGCCCACCAGUGAUGCUGAGAGGAACGGGCAACAGCCGGCUCCCAGAGGAGGACGGGAGCCGGCCGAAAGGCGGCAGUUCUGUCAGUGGCCUUGCAAGUGUGCUGAGAGGAAGUACUGUGCCCCGGGAGUGAGCUCUGUCCUUGACGGCUGCGGCUGCUGCAAAAGCUGUGCGCGGCAGAGAGGGGAGCACUGCAAUGAGAGGGAUGUGUGUGACCCACACAAGGGCAUGUACUGUGACUUCUCAGCAGACAAGCCUAGAUAUGAGGUUGGAGUGUGUGCAUACAUGAUGGCGGUUGGCUGCGACCUGAAUGGGCUCCACUAUGAGAACGGGGAAACCUUCCAGCCCAGCCCCCUCUAUAAGUGCACAUGCAUCGCCGGAGCCAUCGGCUGCACGCCUGCUUUCAUCCAGAAGCCUGCUGGCCUGCUGGGCCCCGCGCCGCUGAUGGGCAACAGACCGGCCGGCCUCCGCAACGGCCCAAACCCCGGCAAACACCAGCAGGAGACCACAUACAUAACAGCUUGGAAGAAGAGCUGUCUGGUCCAGACGACCCCCUGGAGCCCCUGCUCCAACACCUGCGGACUGGGCAUCUCCGUCCGCGUCAACAACGACAACGCAAAAUGUGAGAUGAGGAAAGAUCGGCGCCUGUGUCUGCUGCGGCCUUGUGAAAAAAAUCUGCUGAAGAGCAUCAAGGUGCCAAAGGGGAAGACGUGCAGACCAAAGUUCCAGGCGAAGAAGGCAGAGAAACUGCGCCUGUCGGGCUGCACCAGCACCAAGAAGUUCAGACCCACGUACUGUGGUGUUUGCAAGGAUAAACGCUGCUGCGUCCCCAACAAGUCCCACAUGAUCAAAGUGAACUUCACCUGCAAAACGGGCUCCAGCGUUCAGUGGAAGAUGCAAUGGAUCUCGUCCUGCGUGUGCCAGAAGAAGUGCACGGAUCCAGGAGACAUGUUUUCUGACCUGCAGUUACUUUAAAAAGCGCCAGACACGAUCAGCCCGAAGAAAUUCUACAAGAACGAAAACAAAAGAAAUGAAAAAUGUUUGAAAUCAGUCAUCAAACGAGGGAAAAAAUGUUAUGUUGAAAGAUUUUAUGAGCUCUGUCUUUAAGACAGGUGUGUGCAAUAGGAGGGAGAGGCAGAUGUAAAGCUGGAACUCCAGCAGGAGAUGAAUAAAACUCUGUGGCUUCAUGACUGAACCCAA